CAUAAACCGGCAGAUGUGCAGCAUCUGGCCUCUGGUGACUCCUCUUGCUGGGUGGAAGGUGCUACCAGAAUUAACAGAAUAACUGCAAGAUGGCAACACGUUGGGGCAUAGUAAGUGCAGGUCUGAUCUCCAGUGAUUUUGUCAAUGCCCUGAAACUCUUACCACCUGGGGAGCACCGCCUGGUUGCUGUAGCGGCUCGCUCGCUUGAACGUGCCAAAAGCUUUGCUACCAAGAAUGGAGUGGAGAAAGCAUAUGGUUCUUAUGAGGAUCUUGCUAAGGACCCAGAUGUAGAGGUGGUGUAUAUUGGCACAAUUCAUCCAUAUCAUCUACCUGUGGGUUCCCUCAUGAUCCAGGCUGGGAAGCAUGUCCUGUGUGAGAAGCCUAUGUGUAUGAGUGUCAAGGAAACUAAGCAGCUUAUUAAGCUUGCUAAAGAGAAGAAGGUCUUCCUGAUGGAGGCAGUGUGGUCAAGAUUCUUCCCUGUGUAUCACGAAAUGACAAAGAGGAUCAAGGCUGGAGAGAUUGGAGACGUUGUGCAGGUCCUGUCCUCCUUUGGUAAAUCACUGGAGCAUGUGGAUAGGGAGACAAAAAGGGAAUUAGGUGCAGGUACCACCUUGGAUUUAGGAAUUUAUACAGUGCAGUUUGCUACAUUGGUAAUGGGAGGCGAAAAGCCUGAGAAAGUGCUUGCUGGUGGACACCUGAGUGCUCAUGGUAUAGAUGAGUCAACAAGCACCACUCUCGUAUAUUCAGGAAGACGCUUGGCCUCACUGGCUAGCACCAUCAGGGCAGACCUGCCUUCAGAAGCUUUUGUCAUUGGCACCAAGGGCACCAUCAAGACGCUCCCUAGACAGCAUGGAACUUCGUUCCAUGAUGCCCAGGUUCCCUUCUUUACCCGAGGACUCACAACAGGAGGACUACUACAAUUCCUCUUUUCCUCCAUCAAGUGCUGUAUCUCCAUCGUCACUACUCUUAAUUCCUCCUUAAGCUGCUGGUAAAGUUGCUUAAUGGAGGGCAUCUUGGUUUAGUCCACGGAGAGUACACUAGACACGUCCUCACUGAGCUAAGUACAGGUCACUACUGAGCUAAGCAGGUCCUUUACAAAUCCAACCUACUAACAGAGUAAAUGCUACCCAAACAAUAAGCGUUGAUAAUUCUAUUUACUCAUCUGCAAGUCCCACUCAAAUCCAACCCCUCUCACUCAUGUAUUUAUCCAAUCUAAAUUUGAAACUAUCCAAGGUUUUAGCUUCAAUAGGACCUUGGGUAGCUUUAAAAAAAGGUUGGACAAAUAUAUGAGUGGGAGGAGUAUGUAUGUAUGUACAAUACAUGUAUGUAUUUUACAAUGUUUUCAUGUGUUUUAUGACAGUUCAUGAUUCAAUAGGUUAUGGAAGCAGAAUGAUAUUAUAUUUCGCUACAAUAUAUUGGGGCAACUAACAUUAGCGAUUUUUCAACAUUCGCGAGGCUUUUGAUCCCCUAACCCUCGCGAAUGUUGAGGGAGACCUGU